AACGUGAGAUCAGAACAGCCCACAUCCAUAGGUUCUAAUGUAUAUCGCAAACAUCACUAUUAUUCUCCUACUUGCGUAGGACUUUCCUAGUUUAUUAAACCUCAAUUCCUCCCUUGCAAGAUCACUCAGAUUCCACCCUUUUUUUUCCUUUUCUGGGAGAUUCAGAUUCCAUCUCAAGAUAAUCAAUUCCGUUUUUUUAAAAAAAAAAACUUGGAAAGUGGGAGAGAUUGCCAGUAACGUAUUAGCUGUGAGUCGGUCAACCUUUAGUGGAUAUAUAUCACUGCCCAUAGCCGGUGAAAGAAUCCAUUUAUACAUCUUCUACUGCCUUGCACUACAAAUAGAGAGAGAGAGAAACCAUUCCCAUCUUCUCUAAUUCUCUUCUCCACCCCUUAAUUAGUUUUAAUCAGGAACAAAGAUGGUAGGCGGCAAUUUUCAUGGGGGUCAUCAAGAAGGUGGAGACCAAGAGGGGAUGAGGAGGAGGAGGGGAUGUGGAUGCAGCUGUACAAAGAACGAUUUCUUGCCUGAGGAAUCGUUUCAAAGCAUUGGAAAUUAUCUUCAAGCACUUAAAGAAACUCCCAUGAGAUUCAAGGACAGGCUCCUGACUCGAUCCUUGGACUCGACCGAGCUCCAUGAGAUCAAAUCCAGAAGUGACCAUGAGAUGAAGAAAAACCUUACUUGGUGGGAUCUCAUAUGGUUUGGCAUCGGUGCUGUAAUCGGUGCUGGCAUUUUCGUGCUCACAGGACUUGAGGCUAAAGAACAUGCUGGCCCUGCAGUUGUCUUGUCUUACGUUGUUUCCGGCGUUUCUGCCAUGCUUUCUGUCUUCUGUUACACUGAGUUUGCCGUGGAAAUUCCCGUUGCAGGUGGUUCUUUUGCUUAUUUGAGGGUAGAGCUAGGUGACUUCAUGGCCUUCAUUGCUGCUGGCAACAUAAUACUUGAGUAUGUCAUUGGUGGUGCUGCUGUUGCUAGGUCGUGGACAUCCUACUUUGCCACUCUUUGCAACCACAAACCAGAUGACUUCCGAAUCAUAGCCCACAGCCUUCCCGAGGACUAUGGCCACCUUGAUCCCAUAUCUGUUUUUGUUUGUGCUGCCAUUUGUGUCCUUGCGGUCCUUAGUACCAAGGGCUCGUCACGCUUCAAUUAUGUUGCUUCCAUCAUCCAUGUUGUCGUGAUCCUCUUCAUCAUUGUUGCUGGUCUUGCCAAAGCAGACACGAAAAAUUACGCUGAUUUUUCUCCCAAUGGAGCCCGUGGUAUUUUUGUGGCUUCAGCUGUGCUCUUCUUUGCUUAUAUUGGAUUUGACGCUGUUGCCACUAUGGCAGAAGAAACCAGGAACCCUGCUAGAGAUAUCCCGAUCGGUCUCGUUGGCUCAAUGUCCAUAACUACAAUAGCAUAUUGUUUGAUGGCAGUAACAUUGUGCUUAAUGGUACCGUACAAGAAGAUUGAUGAGGAUGCCCCAUUUUCAGUAGCAUUCGAAACCGUAGGUUGGGGUUGGGCUAAGUACGUUGUGGCAGCUGGUGCAUUGAAAGGCAUGACAACAGUUCUGCUCGUUUCUGCUGUAGGGCAGGCGCGGUAUCUCACACAUAUUGCACGCACUCACAUGAUGCCACCUUGGUUAGCUCACGUUAAUGAGAGGACUGGCACCCCGGUAAAUGCCACUAUUGUCAUGCUUGCUGCAACUGCUAUCGUUGGCUUUUUCACCAAGCUUGAUAUUCUGUCCAACCUUCUUUCCAUCUCCACAUUGUUUAUCUUCAUGCUUGUGGCUUUGGCUCUUCUCGUGCGCCGCUACUAUGUUAGUGGUAUCACAACACAAGAAAAUCGCGUCAAGCUCAUCAUGUGCAUUGUGGCCAUUCUUGGUUCUUCAAUAGCAACGGCUGUUUUUUGGGGUACUGCUGAUGAAGAUAGUUGGCUUGGGUAUGUGAUCACGAUACCAUUAUGGUUCUGUGCUACUUUAGCACUCAAGCUUCUUGUUCCACAAGCAAGGGAUCCAAAAUUAUGGGGUGUUCCGUUGGUGCCAUGGCUACCAUCUGCUUCAAUUCUCAUCAACAUUUUCCUUUUGGGAUCCAUAGAUAAGAAAUCAUUUAUAAGAUUUGCUGCAUGGACUGGAUUUUUGUUGGUAUACUACUUUCUAUUUGGAUUGCAUGCCUCCUAUGACACAGCUAAGGCAUCAGGAGAGAACAAGGUUGAGGAUGGUCUCAAGAAUGUUGAAGAAGGUGCUGUCCCUUCCCGGAAUGGUUCAUGAGGUUCAAAUGUUCUUUCCAAAACCUGUGAGGUUAUGAAUUUCCUACACAUGUGAUUCUGAUAGAGAAGCAAUGAACAUGAACAUGCUGCAAUAAGCAUUAUAUUCAACACUUUUAAGUAGGUAGACCUCGGUCUAGUUUAUAUUUUA